CUAGAAUAAUGUCCUGGAGGUAUUUUUGCCCUUCCAUAAUUUUUUUCCCUGCAACACUACAUUGAAGUUCACUAUAAUCUCUGCGGCUGUGCUGGUAAUAGUCAUAAAAUAAGAAGCUUAGGAAUGCAAUAGAAAUAUUGCUAAAGAUGGACAAUAUAAUAGCACCUGCUUCUGCUAUUUCUCAUGCCUCUUCUCUUGGCUUUGAACAUGCUGCUGCCCAUGCCACUAGUGAAGAUGAAGAGAAAAAAGGUUCAAAGAUCCUCCCGGGAUUUAUUUUCUUGUGUAAUGGAAGGUCAAAACCAGAAUGUUACCAGUUUCGUGUUUUUGGUCUCCCAUUGAGUAAGGUGGAUGUUGUGGAAAAGAUUAAAACCGGCACAAAGCUUUUCCUGUUUGAUUUUGACUUGAAGCUUCUAUAUGGUGUUUAUGAGGCAACUUCAAACGGACAAGUGGGAUUGGAACCUCUUGCUUUUGGAGGCAAAUUUCCAGCACAAGUACAAUUCAGAAUUUACAAGGGGUGUCUUCCAUUGCAUGAGACAUCUUUUAAACAUGCAAUUAAAGAUAACUAUAAAGGCUCCAAGUUUAAGCAAGAACUUGAUGAACAUCAAGUCACACAUCUUAUAUCAUUGUUUCGUCCCCUCUCUGAAUCAUCACCAUCAGCUGCACCCAUUCCACCAGCUAACAUUUGCUCUACUUUGCCAAAUAUGGAUAAUCAAAAGGGCAUUCACCUCUUGCCAAUGAAACAGCACGUUCAGCACUCACCAACUCUGCGAUAUGGGGAAGAUCCUUAUGCUACCAAAAUUGAACAAGUUCAUUUUCAAAACAUCCAAAUGCCACAGCAUGGCUGGCAGGGGAACGUACCUAUUAGAGAUCAUGGCCAAUUUGCCAUUCAUCCAGGAUUUUCAGCCCCUAGUGAGCGAUUUAAUACUGCAGAUUCUCAAUCACAUUUCACGCCAUCCCAUUAUCCAUACCAUACUGCAAACCCUAAUCUCAUGCCUCCCAUCCUCCAAUAUACUGCAGAUGCUCAAGAACAAAAUAUUGCAGCUCAUAUUCAGCCAUAUCCAUCUCACGAGUCUCAAAAACUAAAUGUGAACGUUUCCGAUUGCUCAUAUUAUACUGGAAGUGCUCAACAACCAGAUAAUACCACUUCUGGCUACCCAUAUUAUAAGACAGAUUCCCAACAAGUAAAUUGUGCAGCUCUGAGUCAUCAAUAUUAUUCUACUGGCUCUCUGGACCCAAAUGUUGCCGUAUUUAAUCGCAUGUCCUAUACUGCGAAUCCUCAACAGCUCAAUACUACAGCUUACGUCCAGCAAUAUUGUUCUAUAGAUCCUCAACCACUAAAUGUGGUAGCGACAAUCCACCCUUGCUACACUGGUGAUCCUCAGCUAGGAAAUGUCACAGCACCUGCUCAACCAUAUUGUAUUGCUGAUUCUCAUCAAGACUAUGUUAUCAAUGGUUCUGCACAACUGAGACAGGAAUGUUAUAUUAGGUCAGUGCAAGAGGCAGUUCCCCAGGAUCAACUAAUGGGAUCAAAACAGAAUUCACAGCCAUUGCCCGAACAGAUGCAUCAACGGGCUGCUUUUGUCAACUCCAACCCCGUUCUCCCAACCCCUUAUUUAAUGAACUAACUAACUCAUCAUGAAGCUCCUCAAGCAGCUAAGCUUCAUCUAAAUUCUCACUCUACAACCUGUUAUUAAGUAGUAUGUGCAACUAAUGAAUCAGUUCAUUAUUUGUUUUUAGUGGAAGGUUGUAGAAAUGAUGAAAACUAAGUUUCAGCACUUUGUAGUUCUGCUUGAAUGGUGUUGCAUUAUCUUUUGGAAACAGUUUACAUCUGCCCUAAUGUGCUGCAGGGAAAUGAUGAAAUUAAAACCCAAUGAGAAUCUGUGGAUAUUUUCAAUCCUUAAUUGUAACGUCCUAGAAGCCUAAGAAGUAGUCACUAAUUUAAGUAAAUAAAUAUUAGUUUAAUAC